UUGUCUUAGGUGCGGAAGCCGCGCACGCUUUCGAGCGCAGGUUGCUCUGCGGGGGUUGCUGGUGAGCCGCUUCUCCCGCCGCCGAUCAUGGGGAAAUCCCGGCGGCGAUCCGCCGCUCCUCCCAGGACCCGGGCCCCGCGGGAGGAGAAGCUGGAAGAGCCGGAGCCGGGAGCGGUGAAGGUCACGGAGGAAGCGGACGAUUUCCACGAGCGGCGGGUGGAGGAGGCCUUGGCGGCUCUGGGCAGCGAGGAGGAGGAGAGCGAGGAGGAGGUGGAGGAGGUGCUGGGCCUGGAGCUGGGCAGCGAGAGCGAGGAGGAGGAGGAGGAUGAAGAUGAAGAAGGCACGGACGACCCUCUGGAUAUGGACAGUGACCUGGAGGAGCAGAGCGACUCCGGCCUCCCCCUUGAGUCCGCCUGGGGCCAACGCAAGAACCUCUAUUACGGCACGGAUUAUGGCAAGGCUGCCCCUGGCUCUAAAGCAGCCAAGCAGAGCAAGGAAGAAGUCGAAGCUGAGGAGCAGGAGGAAGAGGAGGCGGCUCAGGCCAUCCAGAAGAGGUUGGCGCACCACCUGGGUGAGGAAGACUACGGCCUGGAUCUUCUGCAGGCCUAUGCUUCAGAGGCUGAGCAGCCAGCUGAAAAAGAGUCCGGGCGCAAAAUCGCCAAGGACUUGCAUUCUCUGUCCAAGAAGGAGCAGCUGAAGUUGUUGAAAAAGGAAUCCCCCGAGCUGCUGGAGCUGAUUCAGGACUUUGAAGCGAAGCUGAGAGAGCUCAGAGACGAGCUGGAGCCGCUCAUGCAAAUGGUAAAAGACGGGAUCAUCCCACAGGGGAAAGGGAGCCAGUACUUGCAGACCAAAUACCAUCUCUAUUUAAACUAUUGCUGCAACAUCAGCUUUUACUUGGUGCUGAAAGCAAAAAGGAUUCCGGUCCAUGGCCACCCAGUCAUUGAAAGACUUGUAACUUAUAGAAAUUUUAUCAAUGAUUUAGGAGUUGUGGACCAGAAGCUGGCAGCGGAGGUUCGACUACUCCUUAAACAAUUCCAUAGUAGUGAUGGAGUGGAAGCAAUGAAGAAAUCCUUGGUGUUUGUUAGAAAGUCUGUAAAUAAAACAAAACCGAGAACUGUUUGUAAGGUUUCUAAUGAUAAGGUGGCUGAAGAAAUUACAGACAAUUCAGAUUUAGAUGAAGAGGCUGCCCUGAAUUAUUAUAAAGAGAUGGAAGAAAAGAUAAAAUUGAAGAAAAAGAGAAGACUAGUAGAAACUGAAGAGGAAGAGUUGCUUGUGGAGGAAGAAGUAUCAGAUCAAAAGAGAGGAGCAACAUAUCAAAUUGUCAAGAAUAAAGGCCUCACUCCCAAAAGGAAGAAGAUUGACAGUAAUCCAAGGGUCAAGCAUCGAGAGAAAUUUAGGCGAGCCAAGAUUCGCAGGAAGGGGCAGGUUCGUGAAGUCCGAAGAGAACAACAAAGAUAUGGAGGCGAACUGUCUGGCAUUCGUGCCGGUGUUAAGAAAAGCAUUAAGCUUAAGUGAUCCCCUUUGAACAGUUUUUUUAAAGAAGCUAAAAAUAAUCAGUGCAAGCUCAAUAAAUAUACUGU